AUGCCAAUUGAAGAUCCAAGAGUUAGGCUAAGAAAAGCUGCAUUUGAAGGAAAUCUACAUAUUAUCAAACGUUUAACAGCAAGAAUAAGCAUGCAAAAUCCCGAUUCUGAAAAUGGAUGGCAUGUACAAUUUGCUCGUUUUGGACAUGAGCAAGUCGUUGAAUUUCUUUUACAAAGAGGCCAUGAAGAUCCAGAAAUUUCAAGAAUAAUGAAAUUAUAUGCAGCAUUUUUUCCUAAUAGUAUUAAUAUGUGCAAUAAACAAGGCCAAACAGCAUUAAUAUUUGCAUCUAAGCAUGGACAUCUUGAAAUAAUUAAUUUUUUAUUAGAAUAUGGAGCUGACAUAAAUCAAACAGAUUAUGAAGGCAAUACGGCUUUACACUAUGCAGCAGCUUGGGAUAAAUCUUCGGUUGUAACCAUGUUGAUUGAGCGUGAAUGCCAAUUUGCAGUAAAAAAUAUUGCAGGGUGGACUGCUUUAGAUUAUUCAUAUUCAAUGAAUUUAAAAGAACAUUUACAAGAAUGUGCUCGUACGCAUCACGAAAAUAAAAUUAUAAGAAGACGUAACAAUCUCAAAAUAAAUAUUGAGAGUUCACCACUAAUUGAUUCAAUGCCGUUUACUAUACGGUCAGCAACUUUUCCACUUGUAAAAUCAAAUGAUUUUCCAGAUAAUAAUAAUGGUAAUAGCAACAACAGUAGCAUUUCAUCAAAUUUAUCAUCAAAUGAUAUAAAUGCAAUCAAAAGAAAAGAAUCUUUACCUUGGUAA